GAGACGAACUACCACUCAACGGUCUCCACGCUCUCCGGUCUCAUCAGCAUGGAAAAAUUUGUGAAAACCGACCUCCUCCGCUACGUGGAACGCCUGAAAGUUCUUCAAGAUAGCAUUCUCAAUUUCGUUCAGGACAAGCAACCCUACGAUGACUUAACAUCACCUUCCGCUGUCUCUGAAUACCUCAAGCACCCGGUGCAUGCCUUCCACUUGAUCAAGAGGAUGACCGCUGGCCUGGGGGACAUAGAAGCACUGAUAAACAAAACGAGAACGUUUGAUCCCCUUGUGAACGUCAUGGAAAUGCGCAAGCAACGACUGCUUCCGAGGGACGAGGACUUCACAGGGCUUGCGGGUUCACUUGUGAGACUCCAAGACACGUACGCUCUGGACUUGCAUGAACUGACGAAGGGACACAUACGCAGUGAGAUUUUACGCAACCGAAGUGUUCCUGGGCGUCUACCACUCAACGCUAAGGACUGCUUCAACAUCAGCCAGGUGGCUCUUCGGCACGGGUUCUACGACCGCGCCGUCGAAUGGGCUGAACAAGCGAUAGCCAAGGCCACACAAGAACAACCAUUCACAAUCCCCAAGCAAGAGCUGGACACUUUUUACAAGGCCGCCAUCGAAAAGCACGAUGAAGUGUUGAGUACCAUGGGAGAAGCAGGAAACCACUGGCAGACGUACGGAGUACCUGUACGGGAACGUGCGAAUCGGUCCACGGAGUUUAAAGCACAACUCUUCGACGAGGAGAUUGAGGAUGACCAGGUGAACCAAAACUACAAGAGACUUUGCCGCGGAGAACAGCUCAGGACGCCAAAGAUGGACAGCCAGCUGAGGUGUCGCUACUACGCGGGAGAAUCCGGCUUCUUCAAGCUGCAGCCAAUGAAACUCGAAGAAUACAACCUUAAGCCUUACGUCGUCGUGCUGCGCGACCUUCUGCAAGACAGAGACCUCGACGAUAUGAUCGCCUUCGCUGAGCCACGGCUGCAACAGUCAAAAACGUCAAGCGGGAGUGAAAAUGAUGAGCCACCAGAUCGCACUAGCUCCAAUGCCUGGCUGAACGACUAUGAUGCUCCGGUUGCUGAAAGAGUGAAUAAGCAUCUGCAGUCUCUCUUGGGUCUGGGAACCUUGUACGGCAUGAGCGAGGCGGAACAAUACCAGCUAGCCAACUACGGGAUUGGAGGGCACUACGUGCCGCAUCACGACUAUCUUGAAGGUUCCAUCCCAUCUUGCAAUGACGUGAGUAGUCCGAAGAGAAUUCUCGGAGACCGAAUGGCUACGCUUAUGAUUUACAUGAGUGACGUCGAAGAGGGUGGAGCCACUGUCUUUCCACACCUCGGAGUAAGGGUGAGCCCCAAAAAGGGAGUCGCACUGUUCUGGUGGAACAUCAAGUCCAGCUGGGAAGGAGAUCCACUCACCUUGCAUGCCGGCUGUCCUGUCCUAUACGGAUCCAAGUGGAUCGCAAACAAGUGGUUUGGGAGCUACAGUAACGUGUUCCGGAUGCCCUGCUCACCCAACCAGAAUGCCUCACUGGGACCCCUCGUCUGA